CGCUCGGCCAUCACCGCCCCGGGAUGGCGGCGGCGGGGCUGGGCCGGGGCCCGCUCUUGCUGCGCUGCCGCUGCUGGCGCAGUUUCACCUCCCAGACGGACGGGGAGUCGCGCCUGGCGCGGGUGCUGCGGGAGAAGUUCCCGCGGGCAUCGGACAUCAAGGUCGUGGAUAUCUCAGGAGGCUGCGGCGCCAUGUACGAAAUCCACAUCGAGUCAGAGGAGUUCCGGGAGAAGCGCACGGUGCAGCAGCACCAGAUGGUCAACCAGGCCCUGAGCGAGGAGAUCAAGCACAUGCACGGCCUGCGCAUCUUCACCUCGGCUCCCAAGCCCUGAGGCUGCUCCCGGCACCAAUAAAGUGCUCCCGAUGUAAAUUCCA